UUUGCCUUGUUGGAAACAUACUCUUUGUUCAUAUAAAAGCAAGAGUGUGAGUCACUUGUCAAAUUUGAGGCACACUCACUGACAGCCAUUCUACCCUGCUCUAUGUUGCUUGAUUCUUCUUUUAGGGUCUGCUUUUUCACAUGCACAGCAAGUUGUAAGAAGAAUGUGGAGCAAUUUUAUGGACCUCAUCAAGUCAGAGUGAUUCAUUCUGCCAAUCUUCUGACAUCCAGCUAGCACUCCUACUACUCUCAGUACCCUUGAGACAGGCUAAAAUAUCAUGGCAAUUCCAGUCAAAAGAAAAAAAUUAACUCUUGUGAAAAGUCAGAUUUUUCAGGAGCUCACAUAAAUAUGUUUCAAAGCACAGCUGCGGUUUCUUUUAAAAUUUAUCUUUUUUCUUUCUUUCUUUUUUUGCUUCAUAUCUUCUAAAAUUGCUAUGUCAAUCUUCCAUAAAGAAAUGCUGUGACUGCCUGCCCUGUAAACUGUGGUGCUGAGGACAGACCAUGACAUGUUGGAGCACUUAGACAAGGUGCACUACAUAUUUCAGAUGGUUGCAGUCAAAAUGGGCAGAAUCUAGGUCUUCUCCUGCAGACUCGCAUCAAAGACAAUUUUGGCAUUCCGCAUUCAAAAUUGCCCAUAAAAGUGGUAUAUAUAACUGAAAGAUUUGAUGUGCUUAAAAAGAUCAAGAGGUCAUUUCUAGCUUUGACUUUGACAUUCUUUGAAACACUUUAAAGUAACAUUUGACCCUAUUUCUUUAUACACAUUCCUGGUUGUGCAUGAUUCAUUAGUGCAUAUUAUAACAAAGUCAAAAGAUGUUUGUCUGUGUGAUCAUAAAAAUGUAAUAACUUGUUUCACCUCUGAAAUAACUUUCCUUUUUGGCUGACAUCAUCUAGGCCAUGGAGGUGUGGAAAAUAAUGUUAAAGCCAGAUGCAGUCUUUCUAAAAUCUUGCCAGUAGUUAAUGCAGUAACCUAAUGCUGGUAACAUUAAUGUAAUGAAUAAUAGUAAACAACGAUAGAUUUGCAAGGUGGUACCAUUGGAUACGCUGAGGUGCUUUCAAGGGUGAAUUUGACCUUCAGUCUCCAUGACCCCAUCAAAAAGUAGUCCCUCGCAGUCGAAUGCUAACUCUCAUUCAGGUCAGGAUCUGGUAUGGACUGCCAGCUUUUCACGAUCCAAACAAUAGAGCGUGACAUCGUCCGCCCAUUUUGUCUGCCUUCUUGGUUCAGGGAGUAUUUUUUCCAUUAAUUUCUUCCUUAGGGUUUUCAUAAAAUCCUUUAUAAAAGAUUUCUAAAGCCAUGAACCAAACCAACCAUCAUUGAUGUGAAUCACAACAUUACAAAUUGUGAUCUGAGGCAAAAAUAUAUUUGAAAAUCAGAGAAAAAGACAAAGGUAGAAGGUUGUGUACUUACUGUCAUUAAUGAAGGUACCAACUAAAAUCCAAUGAAGCAUUGCGAAUGACUUAAUCAAAUGAAAAUGAUGGAAAAAUAUAAAUGUAUUGAUUUAAAGUUGUUAAGUAUAGAAAUUAUAUAUUUCAAUUUUAGUGCAAAAUAUUCAGAUAUUUCCAAUUAUACAGUACAAGUAGUUUGAGAGUGUAGGGAGAAGGCUUAUAGUAAUUACAUUAUUCACAGUACUUCAUGAAAAUGGGCGGUCACUUCAGAGCUUGUUUUGCAUGCUUUGUUGGCCGUGAUUCUCUGAUUGGUGGAUUUUCUCCACUCAGUCAUGGGUAAUGUAGUUCUUCAGCAGGAAUUCUGCUAUUAAACUUGAUUUUUUAAACAAUGAAGCUGAAAUAACACAGACUGAUGGCUUCAGCAGAAGCAUAUACCAUUGAUUAACAUCCUCAUGGUAGGUUUGUAAAAGGUUAAACUUAAAUGGUUUAUAAAUUAUCGUUAAAACCAAUUCACCUAUGGAGAAAAUAAAUGAGAUUUUUACUUCCAGAACCAGACUGCUCGCUCUAUUCCCGAUGGAUGAAAUAGAAGAGAAACAGAAAUAUGUCCACGCCUUAUAUCUGGGCGUACAAAGCCUCUGGCUUGGGGACCACGAGCACAGACACUUCUACUGGCGUAUGAUGUUCGAGAGCGCUGACAUCACUAUGCUGAGGCUGCUGGAGACCUUCCUGAAGAGUGCUCCGCAGCUCGUUCUGCAACUCAGCAUUAUGAUCCAGACCAGCCAGGUCCUUCCCUUGCAGGGUCUGUCUGCAUCUGCCUCUCUGGUAUCUCUGGGCUGGAUGAUGGCAUCUUAUCAGAAGGCAUUACGGGACUCUCGUGAUGACAAGCUUCCCAUGUCGUAUAAAGCCGUGGUGGUGCACAUGCUUUGGCACCUAUUCACCGUAGGAGCACGUGCGAUGGCCUUUGCCCUUUUUGCCUCCAUCUUCCAGCUCUACUUUGGCAUUUUCAUCGUGGCACACUGGUGUGCCAUGACUUUCUGGAUUAUCCAGGGUGAAACAGACUUUUGCAUGUCCAAGUGGGAGGAGAUAGUCUACAACAUGAUGGUGGGCGUUGUGUACAUAUUCUGCUGGUUCAGCGUACGUGAGGGCCCCAUGCGCUGCCGUCUGCUCCUUUACAGCCUCAUAGUGCUGGUUGAAAAUGUGGCCCUCACUGCCGUGUGGUAUAAUUACCGCAGUCCACGCACUUCAGAUUUUUAUGCUGUGGUGGUUGUGUGCAUGGUGGCCUGUAGCUACGCCCUGGGCACAUUUUUUAUGUUUGUCUACUACAGCCUGCUGCACCCAGAUGGUCCUGUGUCUGGAACCCAUAUUGGAUGUUGUAGGGUGCAUGUGGGUGCUGCGUCAGAUCCUUGUAUCUCUUCCCCCACCUCUGCACCUCCUCUGGAUGUCGUGAGCAGCCCUCCACGGACACUGCAGAGGACUAAAGGAGGAGAGUCAGUAUUGGGGGCAGAUGGUGGAGAUGUAUUUAAAGUGCGGCUUGUUGCGGGAACACGGACCCCCACACCUCACCUCACCCCAAGGACAGAGGGGCCGGUGAUUCGCAUCGACCUGCCCAGGAAACAGUACCCAGCCUGGGAUGCUCACUUCAUUGAUCGCAGACUGCGAAAGACCAUUUUGGUACUGGAAAGUGCAGCUCCGGUCACACCAAGGAUCCAGUACCGCUGUCGAGGCACACCCAAGGAAGUGAUGGAGUAUGAGACAACAGUCUGAACACUGUGGACUCUCUUAAAUUUGAUUAAAUGUUUACCUUCUUCAAAUAUAGGAUGUAAAGUACAGGUGUGGAGAGGUUGUCCUCUCCAGCUUUAUUUGGUGGAUAUAUUGUAGACCUAUAAGAGAGGGGGCGGGGGAGGGGGAAAUGUUGAGCCUUAUAGAUCUCAACAUGACCCCUUAUUGACCCUUUUCAUCUGUGGAGGCACGUGGCAUGAUGCACUAGUGUCUAGAAAAGGGCCACCCUGUGGUGUCAUUGGCCAUACAGGUUAUUGGGUCAGAGGGUUAGGAGGUUAUGCAGGAGGUCAUUCAACAGGCAGUUUCGAGGACGUUUAUGAAAGAACCCCAGAAACAACAACGAGCGGGCCAUGAUAACAAUGUAUGAUCAACAAAACAAUAUAUCUGUGUGUUACAUUGACAGUAAUGGUGCUCAAACAAGUCCUAAUAUGGUAAAAACCAUUUCAAACCACUCGUGGCAGCUGCCCUGAACAGUAAUUACUGAAUCCAGUUGCUAGUAAUUUACUGGCUUCUGAGGUUGUGAUACUGUAAGUACAAUUAAAAUGGGUGUAAGAUGUCUCAUUAAAGGCCUUAAUCAACUUUCUUAUGUUUGAAAAUCCAGCAUCUGUAAGGUGCAUUCCACCGAUCUUCAACAGCUAUUAUCUUCACAACAUUUCCUGAAUGAAAAAUGAAGGGAAAAAGGUGUAUGGUUCAUAUUCUGAAAAAAUUAUUUAAGAGAUAACAUCAUCAUCAGGCAUUUUAAGCACACAGUAUUUAACUUUCAAGGACAAGGAGCAGCCACAAGACCUUUAUUCUUAAAACUCCUUGCUUUGUAAGAAUUUUUUUGUGUGUGUUUUUAAAAAACUCAAAAAAAUUACAUCAUCAAGGUCUCUUUUCAGUGGACAAUUCUGCUCACUUUUCAAGGAAACAAUACAUAUCACUGUAAAAUCCUUCACUUUUUAGUUUUUUCAAAUGCUCUCAAAUUACAUUUGUAUAACAGAUAAUGGGUCUGAUGCUGAAAAGAGACUGAGUGCACCUUUAAAGAGGAUCGAAUAUUUAUUUAUUUUUUAUCUCAAUGACAGAGAAUCUGGAUCAUACUGGAUCAGAUUUAUUAUAUGCCUGUAAUAUGGAAGUGAAAAUGGUAAUACAACAGUAUUUCAAAGAAGUUAACAAACAUGAGUUCAAAUUAUGGACUGACUCAUUAUAUGAAGUUUAAUGGGAAGAAAAACCAUAUGGCAUAUGUUUACAUGUUUCAAAGCAGUUCUCUUUAUAUAAUUCAUAAAAUGUUAUCAGCAUUAUGAUUAUGCCAUUUCAUGUAAUUUACACAAUCUGGUGCAAUAAUACUCAGAAAUAUCUGAACUGUGAAUUAGUUAUUGGAAUAUUUUAAUGCAUAUGAACAAAUCCAUGCAGUAUCUUCAGUCUCUUUGGCAUUCAUUUUAUGUUUUCCAUUUAUAUUAAUGACCUUUUUGUAUUAUUAUUAUUUUUUAUUAUUAUUUCUCACAUUAAUACAUCUUCAAGUCUACUGUUUCAUGUGAGAUGUGACAAUUAAAACUACCAACUGCUGACACAUGAUGAGAAAGUAUAUGUGUUCUAACUGGUCAAAACAAUUAUUUUUUCUUUCUUUCUUUCUUUUCUUCUUUCAGAAAAGCUGUAAACCUUGUGUACAACUUAAAUGACUUAGCACGUUUUGAAUUUGAUUAUUGACCUGUUGGAUGGAGAGAAGUUGAUUAAUGGUAAUCAUUGGGAUUGUGCUUCGCUGACUGAUAUCAUGUUAUUGCUAAGUCCAUUGUAUCAGAAACCUGUUUCACUCCAUGUAUCUCCAUUUUUUUGUAAUGUGUUACCAUGUUAGUGCUAGUUGGAACACCUCAGCUUCUGUAUGUUCACUCUGGUUAAUGCUGGAUUUGACCAUAGACACGGUAAAAGAUGUCGCCUUACACUGUAUUGUCGACUUUUUCUGUAGACUAUAAAAAGAAACAAGUCGAACUUCAGCCAUGUGUUUUAUUUGGAAAAUAAAUAAAAAGCUAAAAUGUGUGUUUACUGA